GCGCCAUUCGCCCGAUGUUCACAGGCGAGGACCAGUCAACUUGUCGCUCAUCAGUUAUCAGUUAUAGCAAAUGAUUCGAUUCAAUUUGGAGAUGCUCCAUCAUCGGUGUGUCACAGCUUCGCCUACAGUUACCAGGAGGUGCCACACAAUUCCCACAUAUAAAGAACGAUCGGGCGCUCAACGGAUAUAGAGUCUCCUGCGCUGUUUCUGUUGCUGAUCUGCACCUUGUAGCUUACAUACAACUCUUCUCCUGGUAUUGCUGAAUCUAUGCAGUGAUCUCGCAAUUUUUGGUUGCUCCUGCUGCAGCGCUGUUGAAGCUGCAUAAGUCCAAGACUUGAGUCGUGAAGAACACGAUAUUUCACCUCGGAGGCCAUGGCGAUGGUGAUGGGAAAGUCCAUGACAGCAAAUGCAAAGCACACAUUGCAGUUCGCUCCAUCCUCCACGCAGAAAUCUCAGGGUAAGCACCGCCUGUUAGCGUCCAGCGUUGCCUUCCAGACCAGCUCAUCUCUCAUCGCCAAGGGCACUACCACCAUUUGCACGCUUCCCAAAUCGCGAUCCCUGGCUGUCAAGGCGGUGGUCACUAAUUCCUCCGCAACCGUGUCAAAGACUCCGACUGAAGAAGCUGUCAAAACCCGCAACCCCGAUCUUGCCACUGUUCUCGUGGCUGAGAAGCUCGGAGAGGGCGGACUCGACCUGUUACGCAAGGUCUCUAACGUCGACGCCCUGUACAACCUCACCAACGACGAGUUGUGCGAAAAGAUCUCCAACUACGAUGCCUUGAUCGUCCGCAGCGCCACCAAGGUCACCCGCAAGGUCUUCCAGGCCUCCAACGGCCGCCUCAAGGUCGUGGGCAGAGCCGGUGUGGGAAUCGACAAUGUGGACCUCGACGCGGCCACAGAGCUGGGCUGCUUGGUCGUCAAUGCACCCACCGCCAACACUGUCGCGGCUGCCGAGCACGGCAUCGCGCUCCUCACGGCCAUGGCACGCAAUGCCGCACCGGCCGACGCCUCCAUGAAGAGCGGUAAGUGGGAGCGCAGCAAGUACGUCGGCGUGUCGCUGGUGGACAAGACGCUGGCCGUGAUGGGGUUCGGCAAGGUGGGCUCGGAAGUGGCACGCAAGGCCAAGGGUCUGGGAAUGCACGUCAUCUCCCACGAUCCCUACGCGUCCGCGGACCGCGCGCGCGCAAUCGGGGUGGAGUUGGUGAGCUUCGACGAAGCGCUGGCUCGCGCGGACUUCAUCUCGCUGCACAUGCCGCUCACGCCCACCACGGACAAGAUUUUCAAUGACGAUACCUUCAAGAAGUGCAAGAAGGGAGUUCGCCUGGUGAACGUGGCGAGAGGAGGCGUGAUCGACGAAGAAGCGUUGCUCCGCGCCAUCGACUCCGGGGUGGUGGCGCAGGCAGCGCUGGACGUGUUCACGACGGAGCCACCCAAGGAAGGGGACUCGUCAUGGGCUCUGGUGCAGCACAAGAACGUGACCGCCACCCCCCAUCUCGGGGCCAGCACGGUGGAGGCCCAGGAGGGAGUGGCUGUGGAGAUCGCGGAAGCCGUGGCAGGAGCACUCGCGGGGGAGCUGGCAGCGACCGCCGUGAAUGCGCCCAUGGUGCCCGCGGAGGUGAUCACGGAGCUGGCGCCAUACGUGACAUUGGCGGAGAAGCUGGGACGGCUGGCGGUGCAGCUGGUGUCAGGCGGUGCGGGUGUGAAGCAAGUGAAGGUGGUGUACAGGUCUGCACGAGACGACGGCGAUUUGGACACACGGCUGUUGAGGGCGAUGAUCACCAAAGGACUGAUCGAGCCGGUGUCGAGUGCGUUCAUCAAUCUGGUGAACGCGGACUAUGUGGCGAAGCAACGCGGGUUGAAGAUCAGUGAGGAGCGUGAGGCCUCGGUGAGUGCAGCUGGAGCGCCACUGGAGAGCGUCUCAGUCACCAUUGCGGAUGUGGACUCCAAGUUCGCAAGUGCAACAGGAGAUCUUACCCGCAGCAUAACCUUGGAAGGCAAGGUAAAGGACGGCGUACCUCAUCUGUCGAAGGUUGGAAAUUUCAAUGUGGACGUGAGCUUGGAAGGCAGUAUCAUCUUUUACCGGCAGGUAGACCAGCCUGGGAUGAUCGGGAAGGUCGGGUCGAUUUUGGGAGAGGAGAACGUGAACAUCGCAUUCAUGAGUGUGGGCCGAACGUUGCGUGGUUUAGAUGCCAUCGUUGCUAUCGGCACUGACGAAGAUUUGAGCAAGGCUACCAUCCAAAAGUUGGCUGACAUUCCUGCCAUUGGUGAAUUGGUAUUUUUGAAGUUGUGAACACUACAUUGGUGAGUUUUAGGAUUUAGUCAAGGUGUAAGAGGUUAAGUUACGUAUAAUCUGCCAGGAUGCGCUAUAAUUUCGAGGAAUUCCAUGUACUGGGUAGAGUUUAUUGUUUUGAUGUGAAAUCAUGGGUCGCAGGUUCGAUGUUAUCGAUUACGGUCUGGGUUUGCUGGAGCCAGUAGUCAGGACCCAGCUUUGUCAUAUCGGCACAGGGAUUCCAGUUGAGCAAGAUUGCCUUGUCUUCAUGGAUCUUAACAACUAGAUCAUCAGUUUUGUCAGCAAUGAGUUUCACAAUUCUGCUGUACUGAUCCAGUCUUUGAUCGAGUAGUACGGGAUGUUCACCCUCCAUGUAAUGUUGCCGGUGGCGCAUUGGAUCAAUUUUUUCCACCAAAUACUUAACGACGAUCAGGUCUUUGUUAAGGCACAUGAAAGGCAGAGUUGAAACUCCAGCUGCUGAUAAGAUCA